AUGUUACACAAGAAUGCAGACUUACACCCAGUAGACAAACUUGGUUGCACCAGUCUAACUCUUACGAUUGGCCUCACAGACACCUACGUGAAGACCUAUCUGAAGGACGGUGAUCGCCGCAUACAGAAGCGCAAGACCCGGGUGACGCGCCAUUCCCAGGAGCCCCAAUACAACCAGACGCUCCGCUACGCCGCCAGUGAUGCCCUCGGUCGGUCCCUGCUGGUGAUGGUGUGGGAGCGGCAGCGGGGCUUCGAGCACAACAUCGGCAUGGGUGUGGCGGAGAUCAACCUGUCUAAGCUGGAGCGGGGCCACAAGACGCAGCACGGGUGGUACCGCCUCCUGCCAGUCAGCAGCGUAGUGCGGGUCGACUCGGAUUCCGGAGACAGCGUGCGCUAG